UAAGUAAUUUAUCAAAGAUACACGACUAGUAAAAAUGAAGAGCGAAAUUGAUAUUGAAAAUAUGAACCAACAAGCUUGUCAAAUAUAGUCAAUAUCGUAUAGUACAAUAACAAUCAUCAAUAUGGCCUCUAUUACUUCUAUAGUUAAGACAUCUGAUUUCAUUUUGUCAAGACCAACAUUAUCUAAAAUUGUUACUCCUAUAGCUAGAGCCUUUGUUGCUUAUGCUGGUUACAGAGAAAUGGGAUUAAAAUUUAAUGAUUUAAUUAUGGAAGAAACUCCAAUUGCUCAAAAGGCUAUUUCUAGAUUACCUGAAGAUGAAAUUUAUGCCAGAAACUAUAGAAUCUUAACUGCUCAUCAAUUAGCUCUUUCUCAUCAACUUUUACCUCCAAAUAAGGCUGUUCAACCUGAAGAAGAUACUCACUAUUUAAUUCCAUACUUAUUAGAAGCUGAAAAGGAAGCCUUUGAAAAAGUCGAAUUAGAUAACAUUGAAGUUUGAGCUCAUUGUGGAACUCAUUUGCUUGCAUUUACUAUCAAAUCCAUAUAUAUAUGUUUACGACCCACCCACCCAGUCCAAUUCACAACAUCACUAUUUAUCAUAAUGACACCUUAGAUAUCGGACUUGCUUUUAUAGUAACCUCACUACAAUACACAUGCUAUAAUAUAUUUACCAUUAAAUUGUAGGAAAGAAAGAAAGAAAA